CUUGGAUUCCACUUCACAAAUGGCAAACCCAAAAAAAAGUUACUUGCAAAUAACGUAAAUGCCCCUGAAAAUGCGUAAGGCGUGAUUGUACACGAACCCAAUUCUAUCAUCCCAAAUAACGUAAAUGCCCCAUGUGCGUGUUCAGAUUGUCCACCACUAGCUAACCCAAUCAAGAACUUGUCAAAGGGCAUAAUCGUCAUUUCGCCAAAUACUAACACCGCCAGCUGCCCAGCCUCUCUCUCUACAUAUAAAAACCCGACGUUAAGAUAAACUGACCGACCACCUUAAACUAUAAAACCAUCGGCUCCUCAAAACUGACUGCCCAAAUACAAUAAAAAUAACUCUCUCACAUCACGCACCAAACCAGAGGCGGUGUUUUCCGUUGGCCCUCUUCUGUAUUUUCCUUUUUAUAGUAGUAUGUAUGCGUUUCCACCAUCUACCUUUUAAUUAACAGCAGCUCCCUCUGAAAUACAUACCUCUUCUCCAAGAAACCCUUCCACGAGAUUGUUUCUUAAUAUACGCGAAAGUUUUCCCACUUUGAUUUGUGAGUUUCUGCUGAAGUUUGGUUCUUGCGAAAUGAGCUAUUGACUUCUUUCUCCUCUUUUGCUCUGUUUACUCUUGCAAAGGGGCAUUCAUUCUUCUUUUCUUUUCUUCUAGUUACUCAACCUUUCUUGAGGUAUUGAUUCUUUUGAGAUAUUGUUUUGCUUUUUUGUGCGAAUCCGUUCUUUUCUUUUUUUACUUCGUCAAUUCUGCAGCGUUCGUACCGUUUCUUCGUAAAGAUUUUUUUUAGGUGUCAAUUUCAGAACCUAGCUAGUCCUAAUUUAUUAGUUUUCUGACUUUUUUCAUUACCCUUUAGAAAAUUAGACUUUUUCAAUUCGAUUAGCAAAUCCUAGUUUUCCUCCCUUCUUCGAAUUUUCUAGAGUGCCGAUCAAGCAAACUCUUGUCGCGAUGUGCAGCGAAAAAUACAACGAGAAAUUGGUUUCGGGGUCAAAUCACGUUUCAGCUGAAAGGAAGAGCAAAAAGCUGACGCUCUUUGAAGAUCUUCUAGAAGAUUCCCACACCGUGAAUUCAACUUCUGAGAUUAAUGCAGUUGAAGAUCAAUACCCCUCCGACUGCGAGAGCGGCGUUUCCGGCUGCGAAAACGAGCAGCAGCUGCUCAGAAAUUCCGGCGACGGUAAGGCCAGAAUUGGCGGUGGGGAAGAGAUUCAUGGGAUAAUCGCCAAAAAGUUGGUGUCGAGCUUGAGCUCGAGUGGAUUCGAUGCCAGAGUUGAGAGGAUUCAUCGGAUUGAUUUCUCGAGCUUCACGAGCAGAGCAAAGCUUCAAUCUUUCUGUAUAUAUUCGAGGGCUGUUGAGAUGAAGUGCAAUGGCGAUGCCAAUGUGAAAUACGCUUGGUUUGGAGCUUCCAAGAGUGAGAUUAAUGCGAUUAUCUCUCAUGGUUACUGCCUUCCCACGAGCAACGGGAAUCAUGGAUAUGGAGUUCAUCUCUCCCCCGUUGAUCAUCCUAUUCAAAGUUUGCCGUUGGCUGCUGCUGAUGAGGAUGGCCUAAUGCACAUGUUGCUUUGCCGCGUAAUAAUGGGAAAAAUGGAGACUGUUUCGCUUGGCUCUGAUCAAUAUAAUCCAAGUUGUGAAGAAUUUGAUUCCGGCGUUGAUGAUUUAGCCUCUCCUCGUACAUAUAUCAUCUGGAGUUCGCGUAUGAACACUCAUAUCUUGCCCGAAUACGUUGUCACUUUCAAAGCAUCCUCGUGCAACAGAGCUGUUUUGAUUGAAGAAAAACAGAGGAAUUUGCAGCCUCCGAGAGUUCCGAAUUCGGAUUGGAUGCCGUUCCCUACUCUCAUUGCAGCACUGUCCAAGUUCUUGCCUCGUGAUGCCAUUGAAUCCAUCUCCAAAUUUCACAGUGAUUACAGAAAGCAGAAGGUAACACGCCACGAAAUGAUUCAACGUGUGAGGCAUAUAGCAGGGGACAAGCUGCUGAUGACGAUCAUAAAAUCUUAUAGGACCAAGACCAAAUCAGGUUGCAAUGGUGUUCCAAGAGCUUUGAGGAAAUGAAUAGUUAGCUGACAACCUAACAUGAUUGAACAUAUGAUGGAAGAUUUACUCAACUGGACAUACAAUCAAGAUUACUACUGACACUCAUAAACUAGCUAGCUAUGGGAUUCAAAGUUAUAGUCGUCGAGUUCUUCUUGCCAGUGCUUCUGGUUGUAAUUCGUAGAAUUUUUUGUGUCGGAUUUGAUAGGUUUAGCUAUUACUUGUGUUUUAGUUUUCCUUUUUAUACCGUUAUUACAUUCGGAAGCUUAAGAUCUGUUGCUAAGGUAGAACCACAUGAGACGAACAGCAUUUGGAAUAGAGGAUUUCGAUUCUGUAA